AUGAAUCCCACCUUGGAGGACCGAGCUGAAAUGGGCCAAGUGUCAGCAAGGGUACAGGUGUGCACCUUGGGGCAACAGUUUGGGCCGCAUGAUGGUCUUAGAAGUAAUCCCGAGUGUUGUGAACUUCGUGUUCAUAGUACAGAUAACAGUUCUGAUGAGAGUGCAGGGUCUGCAGAAGAGGUAGAAUCCGAACAGGGUGAUGGGCUUUGGAACAGAGGGUUGAUGCCGUCAACUGAGGAAGCACCAGAUUUGGAGUUGAAAACAUUACCUGAACACCUGGAGUACGCCUUCUUGGGAGAAGAUACACAACUUCCGGUCAUCAUUGCUUCCAACCUAACAGUUAAGCAGAAGAAUGGGUUGGUGGAUGUACUAAAGAGACACAAGAGAGCAAUUGCUUGGAAGAUCGCUGACAUUAGAGGGAUAAAUCCAUCUGUUUGCACUCAUAAAAUUCUAAUGACAGAUGAUCACAGACCCAAAGCCUUGCCACAACGAAGACUCAAUCCAAAUAUGAAAGAAGUGCCCUGUACAAGUGGUCCCAAAGAAGGGGGGAUGACCGUAAUCACCAAUGAGAAAAAUGAGUUAAUCCCGACUCGUACAACAACUGGGUGGAGGGUAUGCAUUGAUUAUAGAAAAUUGAAUGAUGCCACCCGAAAAGAUCAUUUUCCCCUACCAUUCAUUGAUCAGAUGCUAGAGCAGUUAGCUGGGCAUGCCUACUAUUGUUUUUUGGAUGGGUUCUCUGCUUAUUUCCAAAUUCCUUUCACCCCCGAAGAUCAGGAGAAGACUACGUUCACUUGUCCAUAUGGCACAUUUGCUUAUCGCCGCAUGCCUUUCGGGCUAUGUAACGCCCCGGCCACCUUUCAGAGAUGCAUGACGGCCAUCUUUGAAGACAUGGUAGAAGAUUUUAUGGAGGUGUUUAUGGACGAUUUUUCCGUCUUUGGUGAUUCAUUCGAUGUGUGCCUCAAGAACCUUGAGCGGGUCCUCAUUCGAUGUGAAGAGACCAAUCUUGUGCUAAGUUGGGAGAAAUGCCAUUUCAUGGUCCAAGAGGGGAUAGUCUUGGGGCACAAAAUUUCGAAAGAUGGAAUUGAGGUUGACAAGGCAAAGAUUUCCACCAUCAAAAAACUGCCACCUCCAAAUUCUGUGAAGGCCAUAAGAAGUUUUUUGGGACAUGCCGAGUUCUAUAGAAGGUUCAUCAAGAAUUUUUCAAAAAUUGCUAGACCCCUAACAAGGUUAUUGGAAAAAGAUAUCCCAUUCGAGUUUGAUAAUGACUGCAUGACAUCCUUCAUGGCACUCAGGGAGAAACUAAUUCAAGCGCCGAUCAUGGUAUCUCCAGAUUGGGACUCCCCAUUCGAAUUGAUGUGUGACGCAAGUGACUUUGCAGUUGGGGCAGUGCUUGGUCAGCGGAGGGACAAACAUUUCCACCCCAUUUACUACGCAAGUAAGACUCUAACGGGAGGCCAAGCGAAUUACACUACGACUGAAAAGGAGCUACUUGCCGUGGUAUUUGCCGUUGAUAAGUUCCGGUCAUAUUUGGUUCUUUCUAAAGUAGUGGUGUACACUGAUCAUUCAGCUUUAAGGUACUUGCUUAGCAAAUCUGAUGCCAAACCACGUUUGAUCAGGUGGGUCUUACUGCUUCAAGAAUUUGACCUGGAGAUUAAGUACAAACGGGGAGUAGAGAAUCUUGCAGCUGAUCAUUUAUCCCGUUUGGAGGGCUCUAGCGCAGAAACUAUGAGAGAUAAGGACAUUAAUGACGCAUUCCCUAAAGAACACUUGUAUAGUAUUCAGGUGGUAGAAGAGAAAGAACCACCCUGGUUUGGCGCACCACGUGCUAUCAUUAGUGACAGAGGCACUCAUUUCUGUAAUGCCCAAUUCGCAAAGAUAUUGAAGCGCUAUGGAGUCUCCCACAAAAUGGCAACAGCUUACCACCCACAAACUAGCGGGCAAGUAGAAGUGUCCAACAGGGACUUAAAGCGAAUCCUGGAGAAGACUGUCUCUCAGAACCGAAGAGAUUGGACAGAUCAUCUCGAUGAUGCCCUCUGGGCAUACAGAACAGCCUACAAGACUCCCAUUGGAAUCACUCCAUAUAGACUAGUCUAUGGAAAAGCUUGCCACUUACCAGUUGAGCUCGAGCAUAAAGCUUAUUGGGCCAUUAAGUUUCUGAAUCUUGACUCUUCUCUCAUAGGGUGCAAGAGGAAGCUUAAACUGAAUGAACUUGACGAGUGGCGCUCCACGGCAUACGAGAGUUCAAAACUCUAUAAAAAAAAAAGAAUGAUUUACAUACCCGAAUUAAUCGACACCAUCACCAGAAUGGUUGAAAAUGUAGAGGAGAAAGUUCAAGCAUUUGCAGUACCGGACACACUGUGCUACUUUUUGCAAGAGCCGGAUACCAUUCAACAUGUCGUGGAAGAAUCAGUUGAAGAGUACAUCGCCAGAAUUCAGAAGCUGGACUACGAAUUAAAUAGUGAACUUUUCUCAGUAGGGGAGAUUUGCAGUUUGAAUACAGUGACAGUUGUUGAUUACCAUACAGAAAUACAUUCACAGUUGGGAGAUGGGAAGAAUGAAGUUGAGCAGGAAACGGACGAGUUUGAGGAAAUUGACAGGUUGAAGGAGAGUAGGUUACGUCCGUCAGUUGAUGAACCGCCAACCUUAGAGCUCAAGACCUUACCAGCACACUUGGAGUAUGCUUUCUUGAUGGAAGAAUCUAAACUUCCGGUGAUUAUAGCCUCGAAUUUGUCGGUGGAGCAAAAGGACAAGCUUGUUAGUAUGCUACAAAAGCAUAAGUUGGCUAUUGCAUGGAAGAUUUCAGAUAUCAAGGGCAUAAAUCCGUCCUUUUGCACCCAUAAAAACUUAAUGGAAGAUGAUUACAAGUCUGUAAUCCAACCACAGUGA